AUGGCGAGGUGGAAUCGUCUGAUCUCAUGGGGCCUUCUCUUAAUCUUCCUUCAGGCGGCUGUUGCUCAAGCUUUGGUGCCCGUCAGACGUCAAGAGAGCGGGACUACUACAGCAGCCGUUGCCUCUUCUACUUUGUCACGAAGCGCACAAGAUGCUGAAAGUACUACAUCGCCGGCAUCUUCACUAAGGACAGCGGCAGUCACUACCACCGAGUCGCCUUCUGUUUCCGCUACAGUCUCUAGUCCUCCCAUCAUCCCAACUACUGGCAGCACCUCUGGAAACUCAAGCCUUGACAAUUCUACCAUGCUGGCAGGAGAGCUACCUAUUGAGCCAAAGGUCACACCAGGCUGGGCUGUCGCUGGUGUCAUCUUGCUCUGCACUGGGGUCAUCUACAGCUUGAUUGGUAUCAAGAAUACAGUCUUGCACACUGCCUUCUCCGUUGCGUACGUCGUCGCCUUGGGUAUCACAGUCUUGGUCGUCUAUGUCAUGGUCAUUCCAGUGUCCAACGGAUCCCAAGGAGCCUAUGUCGUCGCAGCAGUUUUACCGGCCGUCGCAGUUGGCGUUCUCGCUUCCUGGUUCUUCAAAGAAAUUACGGAAUGCCUGGGAUGUGCUCUCGGCGGAUUUUGCUUUUCAAUGUGGCUGCUUUGCGUCCACGAGGGCGGCCUGCUUACGGGAGUCGGCAAAGUCAUUUUCAUCAUUGUUUUCUCACUAGCAGGCUUUGCAUUGUACUUCAGCCGAUGGACUCGGGACUGGGCGCUCAUGUGUACGAUCGCCUUCAGUGGUGCCACGGCAACUGUGCUCGGAAUCGACUGCUUCAGCCGGGCUGGGCUGAAGGAGUUUUGGGCGUACAUUUGGGACCUGAACGACAACCUCUUCCCUCAAGACACCAACACGUACCCGCUAACAAAGGGCAUUCGCGUUGAGAUUGCCGCUAUAAUUGUAAUCACUGUUAUCGGCGUCAUUUCUCAGAAGAGAUUGUGGAACGUCAUCAAGGAUAAACGUACGAAGCGGGAAGAGGAAAUGGCCGAGGCGCAGCGUGCCCGUGAUGACGAAGAGGCCAACAUUGGAAGAGAGCUCGAGGCUCGCACCGCUUUAGAGCGACGGGCGUGGGAGAGAGCGCACGGAGAUUACACACCAGACAGCGAUGAUCACGACUCCGGCUUUGCUCGCGACAGCGAGAGCGAGAAGGCUAUUCGAUACAGCCAGAGCACCGCUACUCCUCGAUCACACGCCCCUCCCAUGGCUGAAAUGCAAGGGUCGGAUGUUUCUCCCGCUGUUCCCCCAAAGCCAGAGUCUCCAGGUCUGAUGGUUUCCGAAAAGGAGAAAGAAGUCGUUGUGACAUUACGCGUCGCUCCGGAUGAAACUCACAGAGAACCCGUUGCUGCGGACAACGUCACUGGUCCUACUGUUGUUCAGAGCGUGCAAGAGGUGGCACCGGUCCCUGAAGUGGUACCUUUGCCAUUCAGAUUCCCUGAUGAGGAGGCUCUAGCCAGAGACAAAGAGGAGCGGUCCACGAUCGCAACUUUUGCCGACGAUGAUGAAGAGAUUCAGGCAGGCGUCGGCAGCAAGAGGAGUUCCUUUGCGAAGCGACUCUCUCAGAGCUCGGUACAGCUGAUGCGGAGGGUUUCUCAGCGGACAUCGAUGUCGCAUCGUAAGGAAGAUGACGGUGAUGAGGAGCUGGCGGUGCUUCAACGUCCAAGGGACGACGACGCUGUGUCUCUCGCGGCAACUGUUGACACUCAGAGCGACAGCGGCGCCGGAUCUGUGAACGGUGGUCACCGUCGCAGUAUUGAGAUCAACGCACAGCUCUCUGGAGAGCAACAGUCGAGCAUCAAGCCGGAGACUACUACAUCAGCAUCGGCAUCUCGACAGAGCGUCACCGAUGGAGACUCCGUUAGACCAGUGUCAGCCAUGACGGCUGUCACUGACAUGCCAGCCCAGCCUCUGGCCAAGGAUGCGACUCCUGCUGCUGUCGAAGAGAGGGCGCCGGAAACCACAAUCGGUGAUGUUGCUCAAGAAAACAGCUCGGUGAAGCUGUCUGAGUCGGGCGAGAGUCGACAAGUCCCCGUCCCUUCUCAGCAAGCCAAAUCAACAGCCUCGCUUCGUUCCACGCCUCUGAAUCUUACCCAAGAGCGUCUGCCGCCCAGCUUCUCCAACGUUGCGCUACACUACCGCACAAACGAAUGGGCAAAGCACCUUAGCCACGCCGACGCACCCGAGCCUGAGAUCUUAAAGGUCGGAGACGACAGACCGCAGACCCGGGAAGCCCCAGCUCCUGUGCACAUCGAUGAGCUUAAGCAGACGGCCUUGUCUGCCACGCCUGCGCCUGCACCAACUCCUUCGAGAUCGCCCGCUCCCGUCGCGACACCUCCGCCGGCCUUGACCCGACCCAAGUCAACCCAGUCACCGAACCGUGGCCACUCUAGAAGCAGCUCGUACCAGUCACAUCGCCGUGCUUCGAGCAAGACGCAGUUCGAGCCCAUCGCCGAGGAAGAGCAACAGGCGCUCUCUAGAGCUGCGAGCACAAGAAGCGGCGCCUCUGGCAUCGCUAACUCAGCAACAGCUCCAGCUGUCUUUGUUCCCCCGCCGCCGCCACCCGGCAUCAUGUCUUACGACAGCCCUCAGAGCUUGAUCGCACAGAGAAGCGUCGCUCUGCGCAACAAGACGUACGGAAUUCUGACUGGCGCCAACAACACGCCUGAGAUAUCUGCCGCCUCCUACAGACCACCCAGCGAGACCGGCUCCAUGUACAACUACCCCGUCUACCCGUCACAGAUGCCGCCAGUCUCCCUGGACGACCUCCCAUUGAGCCAGCGCAGGGAAAUUAUCCGUCGCCAGAGCAGUUCCGGCACAAUGCGAUCCUCCCUCGAAGGCUCUAGGUCAGCCAGCGGCUCUUACGUACCCAGCGUUUCCGCCGACAACCUCGCCUUCGACUCUCAUCAGCCCCUGCGUUACUCCAACGUUCCCUCGCAAGACGCCCGUGACGCCCGGCUCGCGAGCUUCCGAGACUCGGUCCGCGCCGAUCUCCGCGCCGGUACGGCGUCCCCCGCUCCCGCCGCCAAUGGCCGCGACAUGGCGCUGAGCAUGUUCCGGUCGCCAAGCGCGUCGAACCUGGCGGCUAGCCAGGCCGCCGCGCGCGAGGCCGAGGUGCAGAGGAACAUUGACCUGCAGCGGAGCUUCAUGAUGAGCCAGAAGGAGGCGGAGGCGAAGCGCAAGGAGAAGGCGAGGAUCGAUAAGGAGAGGUCCGAUCAGGCUUUCACGAGGAGCAUGCAGAGCGGGGAGAUGUUUGAGUUGCACCGCGAGGCGAUGCGUAGGAUGCAGAACCAAGCUAGGAAUGCUUCGGGUGAUGCAUAA